AUGGCAGAGAACAGAGAACCCCGCGGUGCCAUCGAAGCUGAGCUGGACCCCGUCGAGUACACCCUUCGGAAACGACUUCCCCACCGCUUGCCCCGGAGGCCCAAUGACAUUUAUGUCAACAUGAAGACUGAUUUUAAGGCCCAGCUAGCCCGCUGCCAAAAGCUGCUGGACGGAGGCACCAGGGGCCAAAACGCAUGCACCGAGAUCUACAUUCACGGCUUGGGCCUGGCCAUAAACCGCGCCAUCAACAUUGCCCUGCAGCUGCAGGCAGGCAGCUUUGGGUCCCUACAGGUGGCUGCCAAUACCUCCACCGUGGAGCUGGUGGAUGAGUUGGAGCCAGAGACUGACUCUCGAGAGCCACUGACGAGGAUCCGGAACAACUCCGCCAUCCACAUUCGGGUCUUCAGGGUCACGCCCAAGUAAUUGCAGGGAAGCUGACUUUUCACCCACCCACUCCUUUGUGCACACACAUCAGGCUCCGUGUGGUUGUUAAGGUUUCUGGUGGUUCUGAGUUCGGUCGUGGACCCCUUAGCGGAGACUUC